ACAGAGUGUGGCCAUUGCCAAAUUAGAACAUCACCAUUUUCUUGCCUGUGCACCACUGACUUGGUUCAAGUUGUAACUGCUUUGUGUAAGAUUAUUAGAACACCUCCAGUGUAUUCAGAGACGGUCUGAGUGACUGUGGAAUGCCUUGAGGGCAAUAGAAGGCAAAGAGAAACAGAUACCCACAGAAGUCUUGAGUGAUGACGGAGGUGCAUUUCAGGUACCAUGGAAAUCUCACUGGCCGGGCCCAUUUCCCCACCCUGGCAACAGAGGUCGACACCACCUCAGAUAAGUAUUCCAACCUCUACAUGUAUGUGGGCUUAUUCCUGAGCCUCCUGGCCAUUCUCCUCAUCCUGCUCUUCACGAUGCUCCUUCGGCUCAAACAUGUCAUCUCACCCAUCACUUCUGAGAGCACCGAAAGUGUCCCUCAGUUCACAGAUGUAGAAAUGCAGAGUCGAAUCCCCACUCCGUAAAGCCAGGCUGACGACAGGCUUUAGUGGAUCUCAGUAAACCCUUGGAUGUUGAU